AUGGCCGCACGAAGCGCAGCGCUCAAGCUCGACUGGGCUAAGGUCACCAGCUCCCUCAACCUUCGGGGCCAGACCGUCGCCUCCCUCCAGGCCUUCAAGAAGCGCAACGAGGACGCCCGCCGCAAGGUGCAGCAGCUUUCCGAGCUCCCUACCGCCGUCGACUUCGCGCACUACCGCUCUGUCCUCAAGAACCAGGCCGUUGUCGACGAGAUCGAGAAGCGUUUCACUGCCCACAAGCCCGCCGCCUACGAUGUCUCUCGUCAGCUCAAGGCCAUCGAGGCCUUUGAGGUCGAGGCCGUCAAGAACGCCGAGGCCACCAAGGAGAAGGUCGGCCUCGAGCUGAAGGAUCUCGAGAAGACUCUGUCCAACAUUGAGACCGCCAGGCCGUUCGAGGACAUCACUGUUUGUGUCACUCAGUUAUACGUCAAUCAACGGGGGGCGGAUGAAAUUCGCGGGAAUGGCUAUCGCGCCGGCGAGAAAGGGCAUCGCAAGAUCUUGGGCUACCGCCUAGGUCCCGGAUAUCCGGCUAAAUGGCAGGCUGCCGUUGGUGCGAAAUUCUUAGCCGCAAAAUCAACUAAAGAGCUCAACAUUUACGGUCCCAUCAUUUUGAUCACCUGUGCACAAGCACCACACAUCUUCAGCAUGAAUCAUUUCUCUAGCCUCGUCCUCUCGUCUCCACCGCCACUAGAUGCAGGAUGGCUUCAUUACGAAGACGAUGCGGACCUGAAGGCACCCAAGAAGGUCUACGCGUCGCCAGUCGAGCGUCAGCCCGUUUACGCGGAAGAAUGUCGUCAACUCCACGCAAAGCUAAUGGUGCAGGGUGCUCCGUUCCACCGCCUCUCUGAAGACAUCACGACGACGCACAUCACCACACCUUCCACACUAGACAACUAUGAGAUCCCUAUCCUUCAAUUCAAGCAUAUCCGAGUGGUUGAUCCCAAGGUGGUCGUCAUAUAUUACCACGGUGGCGGCCUUUACGUCGGCGAGGCGGACAGUGAGGAGCUCUCGUGCCGACGCAUCGUCAAAGACGUCCAGAACAGCACCGUUUACUCUGUCGGUUACAGACUGAUGCCAAAGCACCCGGCAUCGACAUGCAUUUCAGACAGCGUAGACGCCAUCCGCGCCAUCAUCAAGCUCGCGCCGUCUGACGUGAAGCUCGUGGUUGUCGGAUCCUCGAGCGGCGGCGUGCUGGCCACAAGCGUGCAGCAGUUAGUGCUAGAGAGACCACUCACUGGCACCGUACUCCGAUGCCCUGUAACGAGCGACGGCGGCAGCAAUAUCGAGCACGUCCCGGAAAGGCUGCGACCGGCGUACACGAGCGCCACCGAGUGCUUUGCGAAUGUACUUCUCGGUGUGUUCAGGCGCGAGGAGGUUCGAGAUGGCCUAGAGCGGAUGCCGCUGGAGGCUAGCAUACAUGAGCUACGCGGGCUCGGCAGGACAUGGGUGCAGGUCUGCACGAACGACACGCUCUACUCCGACGGCGUCUGCUAUGCCAUGGCUCUGAAGGAGGCGGGAGUUGAGGUCGAAGUGGACGUCGUGGAAGGAUGGCCUCAUACAUUCUGGCUCAAGGCGCCGGCUCUACCACGGGCGGUCGAAGCUGAGGAAGCAAUGGUCAAGGGGCUGAAGUGGGUUCUACAGAGAGACUGA